AAGGAAACAUAACCUGAAAGUUCUCUAAGAAGUGCGUUCCCAAUCGUGUCGGAAAGAUUGCUUUCGUUGGCUUUGAAAUAAUUUUUAAAUUUCUAUUAAUAACUUUGAGCGUUUCUCAAAGAUUUAAAAAUGAAGAGCAUUGGUUUGGAUGGAGUCUGGCUUUCAAAAAAGGUUUAUGAAGCGGCGGAAGCUGAUUAUUAUGCCAAUGUAUCAAAGGCCGUCCUUACACCUUUGGCUGAUGAAAUCGCGAAAACUAGACAGAAAUUGAUAGAAAGUAGAGAUGCUUUUACUAGUGACAUUUCGAGUGGUCCAUCUGUGGAUGUAGGUGCAUUUAAAUUCAUAGAAAAGAAAGUAAUGGAAUUUGAAAAAUCAAUUAAUACCAUUUUAGAACACUUGCAAUCUUUAAAUAUUCGUGUCACUACUUUGGAAGGUCUUGUUCAAGUAAAUCACAAACAACCUGUCCACGAAAUAAAUAUAAAAUCUGCACCUAAAAAGGAUGAUCAAAAUGAUGAUGAUGAUGAUAUUGAUUUAUUUGCAUCGGGCUCUGAUGAGGAAGAUGAGGAAACUGCAAAAAUUAGAGAAGAACGCCUUGCUGCUUAUGCAGCCAAAAAAUCAAAAAAACCAGUUCUGAUAGCAAAAUCAAAUGUUAUAUUGGAUGUCAAACCAUGGGAUGAUGAAACAGAUAUGGCACAAGUUGAGGCAAAUGUUAGGGCUAUUGAAUCAGAUGGUUUAUUGUGGGGUGCCUCCAAGUUAGUUCCUUUAGCUUACGGUAUUCGAAAGUUGCAAAUUUCUUCCGUCGUUGAAGAUGAUAAGGUAUCUAUUGACUGGCUUACAGAACAAAUUGAAGAAUUGGAACUAGUCCAAAGUGUGGAUAUUGCCGCAUUCAACAAAAUUUAGGUUGAAAAUGUGGAAACACCCAACUUUAUAUUGAUUUAAAAAAAAUGAAAAACAUAUAUUUUCGAUGGUGUUUGUGUUGUCCCAAAAAUAAUGAAAAUGAGUACAUUAAAAAUUAAGUCCAUCCCUGCAGAUAUUAUUAAUUAUUAUCUCCCCUUUCAUGCUUUUAUGAAUCUUUAAAUGGCCUGACCUCUCUUUUUAAGGAAAAUUCCAGUUUUGACUCAAAAAAACUUGAAGCAAUUAUUUUCAUCUUUUUUUAUAGAUCCAACUCUAGUUUUCACAGAAUACUAAGGUUGAGGAAGUGCGAACUCUGUAUAAAAACGUGGAAGCACAAAAACUGCCUGGAAUCUUUUUUUUAGAAGGGAGGUCAGUAUAAAAUUAAACUUCAAAUUUUAAUUUCAAGUCAGUUUAAACAUAAGUUCUAUUUGGACCUGUAAAUUAUGUCUAAUUACACAAUGAGAA